UUUGGGAUUUCGACGCCAGUCUACACACGACUGUCGUUGUGAAGCGAACAGUACUGAAGGGCCAUGCAUGCAAAGCAAGAAUGGUGGCAUUUCACCCGUAUAAAUUGGACGUCUUUGGAAGUCUGUCUAACGGGGGGGAGAUCAAGGUGUGGGAUAUAGGGACAGAGACGCCAACGAAAACGUUCGGGGCCCCACAGCAGAUUCAAAAUUUCCGAUUCUGCAAUGAUGUCCGUAAGUCGCAUCUCAUCGCAGGUGGAUGUUCUGGCUACUUAGCGGUGUGGGACUACGCAACAGGUGCCUGUGUUGCCAAGUUGAAGUGGAAACAAAAUAAUGCCACAGGCUCCAUAUGUGCUGCCUUUCUUCAUCACACCUUGCCUUACAUCUUCGGUGCAGGGUGUGAUGGGACCAUUGGAGUCUGGAGCGAGUUUGACUACUCGCCACUUCUCUUCUAUUCUAGCAACAUAUGGAGCGUAAGGAGCAUGGUUGCUUCUCCAAGAUGUGAUGAGCUAAGCCUUGUCAUUGGCGGGAAAGGAGCGCUAUCUGUGCUAGAGGUCACUUUGUCAGAGAAUGUGAGGAGAGCAGAAUAUGGGGGAAAUCUUGAGAGAGAGACUCUAGGACAAGAGAGAGAGCACGAAAAAUCGACAGGCGAGCAUCGGUCUCUUUCGAAGCUAGCUCGAGAGGAUAUCGUGAUGUCCGAGGAAAGGGAAAAGGAGUUGGCGGACACGUUGGAAAAGGAGGUAGGCGAGCUGCAAAUGUCUGGCGAUGAAUCCAAGCGAGAGCACRAGCUAGAAGAACAUCGGUCUCUUUUGAAGUUAGCUCGCGAGGAUAUUGUGAUGUCCGAGGAGAGGGAAAAGGAGUUGGCGGACACGUUGGAAAAGGAGGUAGGCGAGCUGCAAAUGUCUGGCGAUGAAUCCAAGCGAGAGCACAAGCUAGAAGAGCCCAGAUUGUCAGAAAAUGUGAGAGCAGAAUCUGGGAGAAAGCUCGACAGAAACGAGAGGAAGCACGGACCAUGCACAGGUGAGCAGCAGCCUCUUUGGCAGUCGGCUCGAGAGGAUACCACGAUGUCCGAGCAGAGGGAAAAGGAGUUGGAGGACACAAUGUCAUCGGAAAGGGAGGUUAGCGAGCUGAAAAUCUUGGAAACAUCCAAGACGGACCACGUGGUAGAGGAGCUCAGAUUCCCAGAAAAUGUGAGAGCAUCAUCAUCUGGGAGAAAGGUCGACAGAAAUGAGAGAACGCACGUUGGACCAUUGACAGGUGAGCAGCAGCCUCUUUGGCAGUCGGCUCGAGAGGAUACCAUGACGUCCAAGAAGUUCGAGGACACAUCGGAAAAGGAGGUAACGGUUAGCGAGCUGAAAAUCUUGGGCAUAUCCGAGGCGAAGCACGUGGUAGAAGAGCCCAGAUUGUCAGAAAAUGUGAGAGCAGAAUCUGGGAGAAAGCUUGAUAGAAAGACCGCAGAACAUGAGAGAAAGCAUGGACCCUUGACAGGGGAGAAGCAAUCUCUUUGGCAGUCAUCUCGAGAGGAUAUCAUGACGUCCGAGCAGAGGGAAAAGGAGUUGGAAGAAUCAUCGGAAAAGGAAGAGCACAGAACACGAGAGACCGCACGGAAAUCGAAGGCAGAGCAGGGAUUCAUCGCGACAUCGCUCCAAAACAUCAUCGACUUUGAAGCAAUUACAAGGUCAUUCAUAGAAAUGGCUUAUGACAGAUCCACGGAGACAACAAGGUAUAUCCAACGAACAUUGGAAAGGGAGGCGGAUGCGCAGGAAAGGUUGGACAGGUCCAAAGUGGAGCUGUUGGUAGAGAAGGGCGAGAGAAUACGCCAGUUGACGGAGGAGAACACAGAGCUGACCGAUAAGUUGAGGAUAUCCCAGCAUAUGAUUGCAGAGUUGGAAAAAAUGAAUGAGCAGCUGAUGUCUGAUAAGUCCAGUCUGAGAGCAGAGCUUGAACAGAAAGGGAGAGUGAAGGAAGAGAGGAUUUGUCAGAUGGAAGUGGAGAGGGCAGCAUUGGUGGAGGCUCUCAACGUCUCCGAGCUCAAGAAUGGAGAGUUGGAAGAUAAGUUAAGAAUGUCCGGUCAGCGGAUUGGAGAGUUGGAAAAGAAGGUGGAUGCCGGGCUGAUGUAUGAUGAGUGCAUGAUAGCAGAGCUUGAAAGGAAAGAGAGAGUGAAGGAAGAGAGGAUUUGUCAGCUGGAAGAUAAGAGAGCGCAGUUGGCGGAGUCGCUGAGCAUUUGCAAGCUGAAGAAUAAAGAGCUGGAAGAUCGGCUGGAGAAGGAGGGCAAUAUGCGACGGAUAUCUCUGAAAGAAAGAAUGCAGCUUGAAGUGGAGGAUAGAGUGAAAAGAGAGCGGAUCCAUCAGUUGGAGGAUGAUAAAAGUUUCUUGGCAAAGACACUGGAGGCUGCGAAACGGAAGAUUAAGGAGAUGAACUCCAGGCUAGAAAAGGGCAUGAUGGACAAUGAGAAGAUGCGGGCAAGCUCUUCACCUGGACUGGCAGCAAACUGUGCUCAAACAAUGAAUGCAGUGAGUCCGCUGCUUCACAAGCACUCCUUCAGCGAUCGGUUUCAUGCACUUAACGCCUUCAGUAGCGAGAGGGAACUCAAGGAGGAAGAUCAUGAUCAUUUUGGUGGGGCAUGCCAGGUUGGGCUGCACACUGCAACUUUUUUGGACACUCGAAGUGGCGAGGUUGAGAAUCAAGGAGAUGAAGGCCAGGGUAGAAAAAGACACAGACACACAUAGGAAAGGUAAUGGCCAAGCUCACUUAGGCAGCCAGAAAGUCAUGCUCAGACAUGCCAUUGAUCA